CUCGGGGUAUGACAGAUUGAUCUCAGUGUCUUCCUGGAUACAUGUUGUGUGUACAUGGAGAAACUGAAAGCUGGUCGAGCUUGGAUUUCCUGCGGCUGUAGGAUUAGAGGAGCUGAUCAGAACGCAAGCGAUGGAUGACCUGAAACGGUUAUAUACCAGGUUGUGCCAGGAGAAGGGGGCAGAAACUCAGGACGCAGUGUUAAAGGAACUGCAGAAGAUGAAAGAGUCUUCUGGAAAAGGCAAAUUGGACUUUUCCACCCAGAAUCUGUCCCUAGAGUCCUGUCAGGUCCUGGGCCUCCUCCUGCAGACUGACGUCACCUUCUCACAUGUGGUUCUCAGCGACUGCAUGCUCAGUGAAGAUGGUCUGAAACCGAUCCUGCAAGGCCUCCGUAAUAACGCUGUAGUAAAGCACCUGGACUUGAAGGGGAACAACCUGCGUGGAGACGGUGCAGAAGCCUUGGGGAAGCUCUUGAGACACAACGCCUCUAUAAUCAGCCUGACUUUGGAGUGGAACAGCCUUGGCAUGUGGGAAGAUGGAUUCUCCCUUUUGUGCGAUGGACUUAGCUGUAACCAAACUCUUCAAAGACUGGAUCUCCGCAAUAACCAGAUCAGCCAUAAAGGGGCAGAAGAACUGUCCACAGCGCUGAAACAGAACCACAGUCUACGAGAAUUAGACCUGCGAUGGAAUAACAUUGGUCUUCUGGGAGGUCGGGCCCUUCAUGAUUGUCUCCAGAGCAAUAAAACCAUAAUGAAGGUGGAGCUGUCAGGAAACAACAUCCCCAGUGACAUCUUAAAGGCUAUCGAACAGGCCAUAGAUUAUAACCUGGAGAGACAGACGAUCAAGAAGGAAACCGUAAGUCAGAGGCAGAUCCUGACCAAGGAAGUCCAGAAUUUGAAGCAAGAGAAGAAUAAGCAGUUCCUGGACUUGAUGGGAACCAUUGAUAAACAGAAGGAGGCGAUGAGCCACACCACAAGGACGAAAACCCUGCAAGUCAGCAAACUUCAAGAGGCGUUGGAGGACAGGAAAUCGGUUGUAAAUUCUCUGACAGCCAAGUUACACAUGACUGAUGCAGCCCUGGCUUUAUCGCAGCAGAAAGCGCAAGACCUUGGGGUGAUCCUAACUCAGACGAAGCGGGAUAGCUCCAGCAUGAGAGAACUACAUGCCAGAGAAUUGAGGAAAGAGAAGGAGGAAUCUGCAAUGCGAGAAGCAAAACUCAGACAAGACCUGGCAGCUGCUAAUGAGAAAGUUCUUCUCUACCGCAGUAAGGUGGAAGAGCUGGAGAGAAAGUGCAGGAUGCAGCAGGAGCAACUGCUGGAUGUGAAGCAGGAACUUACAAACACAAGUGCAGAGCUGAAGCUGCGAGCUGUGCAGGCUGAAGAACGAUUAGAAGCAGAGAAGAGAAGAUUCCGGCAGUCGCAGGAUGAAGCCAGCGUGUUGCGGCAGAAAGAAGUUGAGCACAUGACACGUCACAUGGAGGACAGUGAGAGGUUGGCGCAAGAGAGGAUGCAACGUCUUGAAGUUACAAAGCUGGCCCUUGAGGAGGAGCUGAGCAGGGUGAAAGUAACGUUGGCCAAUGAGCGAGCCCAGGCGGAAGAAGAGAUUCGGAAGGCAAGGAGCGCGGUCCAGCAGGAGGAGCAGCAACAUGCCGCCAUUCUGCAGGACAAGAUAAGAACCUUAACCCAGUCCCGGGAUCAGGCUCAGAGUCAAGUUUUGCAGCAGAAGCAACUAGCCGGGGACGUGCAAGCUCAAAACAACCAACUGUGCCUGGAAAUAGAGACCCUAAAAAGGCGAAAUGAUGGCUUGCAGCAGGAGUUAUCAAAGAAGGACCAAGAGAAGGUGUCUGAAGUAACGAAGGUGCGAGUCGAGCUGCAAGAGCAGUUAGGACAUCUUGAGGCUGAGUUGACCGCACAGGAAGGACUGAAAGAGAAGAUUUCCGCAUUGGAGAGACAGCAGAAAGUGCAAGCCAAUACCCACCGUGAGAUGCUGCUGGAUAAAGAAGCGCAGAUCUCUUCCCUUUUGGAGAAGCUAAGACUGAAGGAUGCUGAGAUACUAAGGAUGCGAGAGGAGGAAGCGCAGAGAGCCAACCUGCUCCAGAGCGCCAUCCUAAACUAUAUUAGUACCCCCCUAGGCUCCACCAGUGGCAGGAAAUAAGUCACAAUGGCAGGAAAUAUAUGUUCUCUAAGCCAUAAAUGCUGACAUCUAAAGUCGGACUCAAUAAGUGCCUUCUAAUAGUAAACCUGAGUCAUGUACAUAUGAAGUCUGUGGCACUUAAAGGGGUUUUCCAGGCUUCAAAUAUUGAUGACCUGUCAUCAGUAUCAGAUUUGUGGCAUCCCCACCAAUCAGCGGUGCCGGACGCUUAUACGGUGCAUGGAGCUGGAGUACACAGGGUAGUGCAACUCCUCUCCCAUUGAGUGAACGGGAGCUCAGAUACAGUAUGGCGGUGCUGAAAACCUUCUGCUUACACCCCAUACACUGCUAGCCUCUGGCACCGCGGGGGCCAGGU